GGUAAAUAAAUAUGUAAAAAAAGCGGGGCAAGAUAUGACUUGAUCGCUCAUUUGAGCAAUGUUUUAAAAACGAAUUAAGAUAAUAUAAAAUCAUUCGUGUUUGGCAUUAUUUGAACAACAUUUGUAGACGGAUCCUUGGUAUAAUAUUUAGUUAACCACGAAUACACACCUUACACCAUGAGAUAUGUUAAAAAAAUCCGAAUUCAUUACCUUUUUCAGAGGUACCGUUUUAAAACCUUCGUUGAAUAUGGAAAAUAUUAUAUUGCAUUAUUAAUUGGAACAGUUUCAGUGUCGGUGUGUACUUCGAUCAGUAGACAUACUCUUGAAGCAGUGCUUUGGAAUGACCAACACGUUUUGUACCGACUGUUGGCCAAUAUACACUCAGACAACUGUCACCGCAGUAAAAGAACUUGGGUCUAUCGACAAUUUGGGCCUAUCGACAAUUGAUUGUCUGACAUACUAUUACCCGACAUUUCAUUGGAGUCGAUGCGAAGACACUCAAAGAAAAGUCAUGUGCAGCAAACAAAACUAUACAGAUUCAACAGCAAAGGCGAGUGUCAUCGACAGAUCAGAAAAAACAUGGCGAACUGGCAUUCCUCAUUGUUUGAAAAACAACAUGUACCCAGCGUCACAAUGCAGCAUAAUGAAUGCUGGAUUUGGGUUACCGGAAAGUCAGCCGUACUGGACAGGAGUAAUACGAGCCCACACUUUAGUUAAGAAAUCGACAAUAUGCAAUGGUACAUCGAUACCAGAGGAGGGAUAUGCAUGGAUUACAGAUAAUGAUAAAACAAUUCACCUGUCAUUCUUGGAUGUUAAACAAGCUAUUUGUGUCGAAGCGAAUGCUACACCACUUUCUACGACAACGAUAUUAAAGACACAAGAUUCAACGCACAGCACCUACGCCAACCAUGUUGAGGAUCAAAGUUCGACCAACGUUGAUUCGAAUAGUGUUGGUGUUGGUGUCGGUGUGUCAGUUGCGGUUCUAUUCGCAGUAGGUGGAGCCGUGAUUGUUAUUGUACUAAAAAGGAGAUGUCUAUUGCCUUGCAGAUUGGAAUCGAACAAUGCCACAACUAAUUCAGAAUCACGCGACUGUGCAAGCAAAUCUAAUGAAUCUUAUGAAGAUGAAAUAAAAAAUCAUAACUAUUUUAUAAUGUAAAAAUGCGCACAAUCAGUGGACGAAAGGGAAGCUCAUAAGAACAAAGCGGAUCAACCAAACGUAGGAAAUACUGAGACCGAUAAUUACAAUUCAAUCGAUGAAAUAGAUGAACAUUAUCAAAGUGUAAAAGAUGAGUUCGUCUACACAAACAAAGCCCUACAAAGCGGAUCUAAUAGCAGGAAACCAGACAAUGUAUACAACAAACUCAAGCUAGACCUUCCCGGAGACGAUGCUCAUGUAGGAAGACUCGGGAAUAACAUUUCAAAAGCAGGCAGCGACUACGAUACAACUGCUGUGGCGCGCAGGAACGACGGGGACGGAGACUAUAGCCAUAUCCCGCAUCCUGAUAGUACAACCUGUGCACGACUGAAUGGAUUAAAAGAUGACUAUGAAGUUAUCAAUGGAAAGAAGAUAAAAUUUUCCCCAAGCGACUCUGCAGAUUAUGCUCACGUCAGAGUUUAGGAAAGAAUUAAGUAAAUGCAUGAUUGAAUGAUAAAUGUAAUAGAACUUUGUGACGUACAUCUUCUUUUUCAAAUACUCCGAAAAAUACAUUUGAAGCGUA